GGUCUACUUACCAGUCCAGUCGCUACUACUGUACAAUGACAGACAACAAAAGUCUUGACGGAGUCUUUCAAAUUUUCACACAAACUUGACUUUUGACAUCUCGGCCUCAUAUUACUGCCCGUAGUACAAUUCGGAUCCGUCCUCACUCAACCCUACCAGUCACACACUAUCUCCUCGUUCAGCGUCGAGGAACACAAACAACGGUUCUCCAAGGAUUACACAGCUUUGGGAGACGGAAGAGAAAAAAGGGACUAGAGCAGGACAGAUCCAUCCGGCUACCGAGCCCUGAUCUGAUUGUCCCUGGCGAGCGAGAUCCAUCCCAGCCAGUUCCCGGUCUUGAUUGAUUGAUUGAUUGACAGACGGACGAACCAGCAGCCAUCUUGCGUCCACAUAUCCAACGAACACUACUGACCCGAACGAAGGCGACUUUACCAGGCUAGACUAGACUCUGUUGAUUGAUCUACAUAUUCUACGUACUGGCCCGUUGACUGCGCACGCACAGAACGCAAGCAGACGGGAGCACUCAACCAACAACAGAAGCAACAGUCCCUGCAGUAUCUGCCAUCUGCCAUCCGCCAUCCCAUAUAAGGGAAUCCCAGCAUCAGCAUCAGCAUCAGCAUCAACAUCCCGCAGCGGCAACCUCCAGUUCGAUCCAACCUUAUACACCUUUCCCAUCCGCCCUUAAACCAAAAGACCCGCCGAUACUACAGUACCUACCUGACUCUUCAGUCUCCAGCCUAGUCACCUUCAGUUGUCUUGUCCCGAGACUUGACCAUUUUGGCACACCGUCUUCUCUUCCUCGUGCGACCUUCAGUCUUAUUGCCGCCUCCGCCUCUGCCGCCAUCAACCCCAGUCUUUCCCCCGAGCUAGUCUAGUCUCUAGAGACCCUAGCAUCGAUUGAUACUCUAGACACCCUGCUUUUGCUCUUCCCGGUCCCUCUUUUCAGACGCUCUCGUCCGUGAUCACGGGCGGGUAUCACACAGUUCCCUUUCUAGUUCCAGUUGGCGACUUCCGUUUCCAGUCUGUCUCCCCCGCCGAUGAUCAUCUCCCAACACUUGCUACCUCGACUAUUCUCGCUCAUCGAUAUCCGCCAUCGCACGCUCGCAGUCUGAUCACCGCCAGCAACUCUGGUUUACUACUGCCCUGGGAGGGAAACGAAUGAAACCCGGGUCUUAGCCGCUCUCAUCUGUGUACUACAGUUAACAAAGUACAUCCGUCAAAUCAUCACGGCUCGGGGCACGGACCACUCUUCCUCCAGAAGGCUUCCUCCAGAAGAGAGAGGUCAUUCAUCAUCUCACCUUGGCGAGCGGCGGCCCGUACGGAAUCCCAGUCGCUCACACACACACACCUACACACAGUCAAGUCACCCACUCGGUCACUCUCACACCCGCGCGGCACCCCAGCAGCAGCCAGACAGCCAGACAGCCCCGCGUCGGCUUCGGACGGACUAUCCUCAACCACCCCAUAUCCCACCCAGAUCGCACAAGAACUGCAUCUCCCACCUCGUUGCGAGAUUUGCCAGCCCGCGACGGGUGUGCCAGAGUCAUACGAGACAUUCUACUUUUAUUUUCUUUUCAUUAUCUGCUCUUCGUGUGUCCUGUACCAUACCUGUUAUAUCGUCUGCCUGCAAAAGUAAUAUCCCGACUGAGACCUGCCUGCCGCUCUGCGUGCGCUGCUGCUGUCAAUAUCCGGACCAUACAACCUGUUGAUCAGUCCGGUCUACGCCUACGCCAUUGUCUAUAACUCCUUCGGAUCCCGACGAUUUUCAUUCGUUCUCGUCCUGUUCGCAUCUACUACCGCCAUCGCAUCACUUCACAUCAAUUACCCACCAUGGCCGGGCUCUUCAAAAAAGUCUAUGACUGGUUGCUCAGAACUUUCUGGGCAACGGAGAUGGAUGUGACCAUGAUCGGCUUGCAGAACGCAGGAAAGACGUCACUGCUGAGAGUUAUUUCGGGCGGAGAAUUCACCCUUGACUCUAUCCCAACAGUAGGCUUCAACCUCAAGCGUGUCCAACGCGGGCAUGUCACGCUCAAAUGCUGGGAUCUCGGUGGCCAGCCGCGCUUUCGGCAGAUGUGGGAGCGCUACUGCCGAGGCGUCAACGCGAUAGUCUUUAUCGUCGACAUCGCCGAUCCUCGUCUGCUCCCGCAAGCCAAGGACGAAUUGCACUCCCUUAUGCGAAACGAAACCCUCCAGGGUAUCCCCUUGUUGGUGUUGGGCAAUAAAUCCGAUUUGCCGGAACGGUUGAGUGUCGACGAGCUGAUUGAUGCGAUGGAUUUGAAGAGCAUCGCCGGACGGGAGGUCAGCUGUUAUGGGAUCUCGGCCAAGGAGGAGAUGAAUCUCGAUGCGGUGCUGCAGUGGUUGAUGAGGUUUGCUGGGAAAUGAGCGGAUCCGAACGGUUUCGAAGGAUGAGGGUUUUCUUUGCGUUUUACCAAUACCCACGCGCUGUUUGGUUUUCGAUCUCCGGCCCGGGCAUAUGAGUUCGUCGCUGGCUCAACAGUCCAGCGACCUCGGCCCGGGUUUGUUAUUGUUCUUCAUCUUCUUUUCCGGACCUCGCGCCAUUCGAAUUUCGAUUUCGAUGUCCUUUGCGACGACGAACCAGCAGAUGACGACGUUGUUUGAUUCUUUUUUUCGGUCGGCAACAGAUCGCGGUCCUGUAGGUAUCUGCGAUUCGAUCUCGGCUUGCGCGUUUGUUUGGAUAUAUUAUUGGUAUGCUGUUAUACAUUGACGGCAUUCGUCCCCUAUUGUCCACGUGAUGAAGGGGACAGCUUCGUCGUUUCCGUGUAAGACCGAACUCCUUUUUUUCUUUUGAAUAUUGGGAAAGCUGUCCGUCGGCGACGACUGGGCUCAAAACGAAUCUUAGAACGAAAUGGCACUCGCCACUCAAACCACGGGAGGGAGAUGGAAACGAUGUGGUAAUAGGAAUGGGGUGAUGUCUUGUAUAGUUUCUUGUCCUCUUUGUUUCGACGUGUGCUUUGCCUGGUUUGGAUAUAUCAUGGAUGGAAAGUUGAGAGGUUCUGCGAAGACGAGGUGUGGACAAGGAAGGGAUCUGGGAAACGAGGAAGAAAGGGAAUUUUGGUUAACCUUGUAACUUUCCAGAUAUCCGCUUCUCUUUGUGUGGUCAACUUUGAGCGAGGAUGAAGAGACUGAAUGACAAAAAGGAAGAUCCCAGACAGAGAGCCAACUCCAUGAUUUGUAAAAGAACAGUUAAGGAGAAGAGGUCUGUGACAGGAAGGAGAGUGCAGUAGCAGUAGAGAUACUCAUCCAAAUGGCGACGACGUCCGUAAAUGACCGCGAAAUCAAUCGUAUCGGUCGAUGUGAAAACCAAGGUGAGUGACAUGGAGUAGCACCGUACGGUUUGUAUGUAGAUGAGUGACCUAGAAGUGCAAGAGACUCGAGUAUGUCAAGGUCACAACAAGGCGUAAGGCGGAUUGGUGGUGGUUAUUGUUGUUGUUGUUGUUGUUGUUGUU